CCACGCGUGCCAUGCGAUGUUCCCCAGACGCAGCAGCACGGCAGUCCUCCGUUUGUUUCCUCCUCGCAGCACCGGUUCCGUUCUCUCCUCCUCGAUUUCCCUCCGUCGCGAGAUCGCCUGAUCUCUCUAGCGCACGGCGGCCGGAGAAGAGGACGGGCACGAUCUCAUUCAUCGGAUCGGCGUGCCUGUGUUGUCUGUUGAUUUGAUUUUUUUUUUUCUUCCUUACUUUUUUUUUGGUUCAUUCAUCAAUCAAUAAUAAGAUUUCUGAUUUGGGGCGCGGUUCGGCAUGGGAUUCGGAAUGGGGAAUAAUAACGGGGCGAGCUCCUCGUCGUCGCGGCUGGACCCGGCGCCGCUGCUGCCGCACCACGGCAGCGGGAGCCGCGAGGUCGGCCUGUCGUCGCAGCCCAAGACGUUCGCCAACGUCUUCAUCGCGGUGGUGGGCGCCGGCGUGCUGGGACUGCCGUACACCUUCUCGCACACCGGGUGGGCGGCGGGGACGCUGCUGCUCUUCUCCGUCGCCGCGCUCACCUUCUACUGCAUGAUGCUGCUCGUCGCGUGCCGCCGCCGCCUCGCCGACGAGCACCCUAAGAUCGCCUCGUUCGGGGACCUCGGGGACGCCGUGUUCGGCGCGCACGGCCGGUUCGCCGUCGACGUCAUGCUGGUGCUCAGCCAAGUCAGCUUCUGCGUCGGCUACCUCAUCUUCAUCUCUAACACCAUGGCGCACCUCUACCCGAUUACCGCGCCGUCCUCCUCGGCCCUCCUCUCCCCCAAGGCGCUCGUCAUCUGGGCGAUGCUGCCGUUCCAGCUCGGGCUCAAUUCCAUCAAGACGCUCACGCUGCUCGCGCCACUCAGCAUCUUCGCCGACGUCGUCGACCUCGGCGCCAUGGGCGUGGUGCUUGGCCAGGACGUUGCCGCCUGGGUCGCUAAGCCCGUGCCCGUGGCCGCCUUCGGCGGGCCUGCCGCGCUUCUCUACGGUCUCGGCGUCUCCGUGUACGCGUUCGAGGGCGUCGGCAUGGUGCUGCCGCUGGAGGCCGAGGCGGCGAACAAGAAGAAGUUCGGCGUCACGCUGGGGCUGUCCAUGGCGUUCAUCGCCGUCAUGUACGGGCUGUUCGGCGUGAUGGGGUACGUCGCGUUCGGCGACGCCACGCGGGACAUCAUCACCACAAACCUCGGCGCCGGGUGGCUGUCGGCCGCCGUGCAGCUGGGGCUCUGCAUCAACCUCUUCUUCACGAUGCCGGUGAUGAUGAACCCCGUGUACGAGGUCGCCGAGCGCCUGCUCCACGGGAAGCGCUACUGCUGGUGGCUGAGGUGGCUGCUCGUCAUCGUCGUCGGACUCGCCGCCAUGUACGUGCCCAACUUCACGGACUUCCUGGCGCUCGUCGGGAGCAGCGUCUGCGUCCUCCUCGGCUUCGUGCUGCCGGCCUCGUUCCACCUCAAGGUGUUCGGCGGCGAGAUGGAAUGGCCCGGAGUGGUAUCCGAUGUCCUGCUGGUCGUGAUCGGCCUCUCGCUCGCCGUGUUCGGGACGUACACGUCGCUGCUGCAAAUCUUCCACUCGUCAAGCGCUUGAUCGCCGCACCUUCUGCUACGCACGGAGGAUUAAUUUCCUUCCUCCGCGCACUAGAUUCAGGUACCUUGGUCGCGCUCCUGUGUUCAGAGAAGUGGAUUAGAGGAUUAGGAGGAACGAACGCCAAUCUCAGCAGUUCGUCCUCGUCCAUUUGGGCCUGUGGAUUUUGCAGAGCAGGUUACUGUGCAGGUGUUGUUCGCGAGUGACUUGUACGGGAUGGGAAGGUAAAAUCUGUACACUUUUGUUACGACAGAUUUCAGGUACUCCCGAUAUAGCAAUGUAAGAGCAUCUUGGUUAAAAUGAGUAGGUAAAUUUUUAAUGUUUAGCCAUUUUGUAAAAUAGAUAACUUCUUAAAAAAAAGAGGUUUAUAACAGCUUUGCUAUCAGAUAGCUAGUGCCAGUGGUUGGCUAUAUAUGGCCAACGAAAAUCAAGGGAUAGCAAACUUUCUAUUUUACAAAACCAAAUAGCACAUUUUCUACUAUAAAAAUUCUAAAAGGCCUCCAUAAUAAGAAUAGCAAAGCUGUUGGAGUUGUUCUAGGAGCGUGUGAAUGUAUCCUAGACGUUCCUCCUGCUGUGCACGAUGGAUUCGAUGAAA